AAAUGUUAGUCUAGCCCAGAACAUGUUCUUCAAAAAGGUCAAAUAUCUUAAUCGAGCAAACCAUGUUUAGGAAAAUGGCGUCUAACAGCGAAGAAAUCGGAAGGGCUUUAAAAAAUGUUUUGGAAAAAAUCCAAAAAGCAUCAGAUGGAAGACCAAAGAACCUGCCAGAUAUUCCUGUUAGACUUGUAGCAGUGACCAAGACUAAGCCAGUCUCUGACAUCAUAACUGCAUAUAAACAUGGCCAGAGACAUUUCGGAGAAAAUUACGUACUUGAGUUGGAAGAAAAAGCUAGACAGCCUAUUGUAAGUAUAAAAGGUGUAUCAUUAUUUACUACUUUUCAAAAAGGAUAAAAGGUUUAUCUUUGUCAUCUUUUCUAGCUUAGAAUUGAAGUUCAUGGUUUCAUUUCAGUUUCCUCAGAAGGUUUUAUAUUAACAAUUCUUUAUACUUAUUUGAGAUAUUGUAUUGAAAGCUGGAAUACUAUAUACUAUAUGACCUUAACCCUCAUUUUAUUACUGUAAAAUCAUUAUUGUUUGUGGGGAACUAACUUUCAUGGUUUUUGUCGAGCCUGCUUGCGGUGACCUCAACUUAGUUGCCAUUUUUGGCAUGUAGUUUGGUGUAUGUGCAUCCGUCCAUGUAUUUUUUUUUGGGUCAACAUGUAUAUCUUGCUCAUUCCUUGAAGGAUUACAAAAUAAUUUGGUAAAAAUGUUCACCAUGAUGGGAUGGUGUGUCGCACAUAAAACCCAGGUCCGCCGCUCAAAUGUCAAAGGCACACUUGGUGGUCAGCGCAAAAUUAACUUACACAUGCUUGGAGAGAUUUUUAUAUUACUUUGGACAGAUGUUCUUCAUAGUGAGGUAGAAUGUGGAAUGAAAAAUUUAGGUGGCUGUGGCAAAGGUCAAGGUCACACUUAGGGGUCAAAGGUCAAAAAACAAAGUAAUUUGGGCAACUUUUUACUUCUGGCAGUUUGGUGUAUGUGUGUCCCUUAGUCAAUGCAUCCAUCUUUGUCCUAUAAUUAUAUAUCUUGCUCAUUCUUUAAAGGAUUACAAAAUAGUUUGAUACAAUUGUUCACUAUGAUGGGGUGAUUUUUAAUAUAACUCAAGACAAAUGUUUUCCAUUGUAAGGCUGAAUUUUGAGCGAAAACGAAAUUAAUCAAAACAUUCAUUUGUGAGUACAUGUAUAUAUAAUCUACUAUAUACAUUGAUGGAUUUUAAUAUAACUUAGAGCAAAUGUUCUCCAUGGUGAGUUGAGUUGUCUUGGACAAAAUGAAGGUCAAUGUCACAAAAGGUCAAAUAAUAAUAUCAAAAUUUGGUUGUCUGCACUGUCACUUGCUUAUGCUUUAAAAUAUUAUGCUAAGUCGUCAGAGAAUUUUUGUCAAACCCACUUUGGUUGAGCUUGACAUAGUUGUUGAAAUGGCAGUUUUGUGUUUGUGUGUGCCUGUGUGCAUCCAAACUUGUACAUGCCAUAACGUCUUUGUGCAUGGAGGAAUUUUCAAAUAACAUGAAUUGAGUUUUUUUAGGCUCAAAUGUCAUCAUGAGACUUCCUGUCAUGAACCAGGUCAGAGGUCAAGGUCACCUAAGAUGAUGCAAUGUUAAGAUUUUGCCUUGGGUAUAAAGAGGAUGUGUUGCAAACAUUUCACCUAUAUUAUACCUCUUUCAUCUUGAUCAGAAGCUUAUAGGUUCAGGUUUGAAUUAAGAAGACAGGGCUUGACAUUUUACCCAUGGAAAUGUCUUGUCUUGGAUAGCAAUCAACAAAUUUAAGAUCCCGCGAAAUUUUGUUUCAUUUGCUUUAAGAUUAUUUUGCAUCACAUUAUUGUGCCCCCACUUCGAAGAAGAGGGGGUAUAUUGCUUUGCACUUGUCGGUCCGUCGGUCCGUUGGUCUGUCGGUCCGUAGACCAAAUGGUUUCAGAGUGAUAACUAAAGAACCCUUAGGCCUAGGAACUUCAAACUUGGUAUGGUGAUUGGUCAUGACCAGUACAUGACCCCUAUUGAUUUUGGGUUCAAGGGGUCAAAGGUCAAGGUCAUAUUGACCUUGUAAGCAAAAACGGUUUCCGAUCAAUUACUAAAGAACCCUUAGGCCUAGGAACUUCAAACUUGGUAUGGUGAUUGGUUAUGACCAGCAGAUGACCCCUAUUGAUUUUGGGGUCAAGGGGUCAAAGGUCAAGGUCACAUUGACCUUGUAGGUAAAAGCGGUUUCCGAUCAAUAACUAAAGAACGCUUAGGCCUAGGGACUUCAAACUUGAUAUGGUGAUUGAUCAUGAUCAGUAGAUGACCCCUAUUGAUUUUGGGGUCAAGGGGUCAAAGGUCAAGGUCACAUUGACCUCUUAGGUAAAAACGGUUUCUGAUCAAUAACUAAAGAACCCUUAGGCCUAGGAACUUCAAACUUGGUAUGGUGAUUGGUCAUGACCAGCAGAUGACCCCUAUUGAUUUUGGGGUUAAGGGGUUAAAGGUCAAGGUCACAUUGACCUUGUUGGUAAAAACGGUUUCCGAUCAAAACUAAAGAACCCUUAGGCCUAGGAACUUCAAACUUGGUAUGGUGAUUGGUCAUGACCAGCAGAUGACCUAUUGAUUUUGGGGUCAAGGGGUCAAAGGUCAAGGUCACAUUGACCUUGUAAGUAAAAACGGUUUCUGAUCAAUUAACUAAAAACGCUUAGGCCUAGGAACUUCAAACUUUGUAUGAUGAUUGGACGUGACCAGCAGAUGAC